GAUUUAGUUACACUGAGGACUGGGAGGUGCUUGGUCAGGCAGUCCUGCAGAGACAACUGAAGAGAAGACGGAGGAAAACAAGUGAGAGAGUUACAGACAAUAUGCCUGGCAGGUGGCGUCUCCCACAGUGCUUUGUUAUGGAAUGCAGGACUUUGGACAUGGAUAAUAAGCCACAUUGACGAGGAAACCAUCAGCCCCAGGUAGGCUGGAUUUAAACGGUAAGAGCCAUGAAGAGCCCAGUAGCUUAUGGCAACCCAGUCAUGUUCAGUCCAGUAAAUUGGACUCAAGCAGCCGGUGUUCCAUUGAGGAGAGGGAAGAGUGUGGAAGAGCUGGGGGAUGCUGGUUGGGCAAGGGAAAGAGAGAGGAUGGUCCAUCUGCAACAGCUACAGCAGCUAUAUCAACUGCAGCUUCAACAGCAACAGGUUGGAUAUGCAGGAUAUGGAGCUGCUCCUGCUGGACCGCCACAGAGACCUGUUUUAGUAACUCCAGCUCCAAGUCCAGCUCCAGCCUGUCCUAUGCCAGUUCCUGGUGCCAUGAUGGUGCCUGUAGGUGGUUCUGUUCCACCGCCAGGACAUGUGUCAGCUCAAUGGCCAGUACAAUGGAGCAACCAGAUCCAAGUAAGACCGGACAACGUUGUACAACAACCACACUGGGAGCAUGAUGAUCAACAAAAAGCAACUUAUAGAGAUGCAAGAAAUCCUGGCCAAAAUGUUUACUUCCACCCUCGUUCAGAGGAUGGUCACUUGGACUUGAGGAUUUCUGAAUGGAAGGGCAAACAUUGUUUUUACCAAGGACCUGAUGAUCACAACAGAGUGCCACAAGAAAGAGAAAACUUCAAUACUCAAGAGGAUUAUGGUACACAAGACAAGAAAAGGAGAGGAAGAGAUGACUGGGAUAGAGAAAAUGAACAACAUUCUGAACGUUAUGAUCAUCAACGUCACAGAGACCUGGAAGAAUAUGAUUAUAAUGACAAAUACAGAGGUAGGGAUCAUUAUGAGAGGAAGUACAAUGAGGAGCAUGAAGAAAGGGGGAGAAAGUAUCAAGAAACUAGGAGACAUAAACAGGAUUACAGAGAAUAUGACCGUUAUGAUACUGAAUAUGAAGACCAUUAUGAUCAUCAAGACACUUACCUUCAGAGAGACAAUUACCGUGACAGGGAUUAUAAUGAAGAUCGAGAUUAUUAUAACUCUAAAGAACAGCGUGACUUCAGAGAAAAACACCGUAAUCGACAAAGAGAAGAGGACUGCUACUCCAAUGAGCGAAGAUCCAAAGACCAUAGCUUAGAUCACCGUGCAGAGGAUCGAUAUGAACGUAGAGAGUACAACUACAAACACAGGGAUGACCAUGAUCCAAGGGGUGAAGAAACACGGAGGAGUAAAGGAAGGGGCCAGUAUGACUCUGAAGUUGAUGAGCAUUGGGACUAUAGGGAGAAUGAUCGGAGGUACAGGUACAAAGAUUCAAAAGAUGACAGAAGAGGGGAUUAUUUCAACCACAAACGGAGGGAGUAUGAUGAAAGAGAUGACUAUGAGCAAAGAGCAGCAGACUACUAUGACCAUGAGUAUGAAGACCGCUAUGAAUCAAGAGAAGGUGAACAUUCUCGCCACCGACGCAGAGACCGAGUCAAAGAUCUGCGCUCCAUAUCCAUGGAGUCCGAUUAUGACAAUCCUACGAGAGAUCACAAAACACACUGCGAGAAAUGGGUUGAGCAGCAGAAUAAGAACUUUGCGCCUCGAGCAAUGCUCUCGUUUGAGGAUCCCAUCGUGUAUCAGCACGAUGAUGACCAGGAAAAGGGGUACGAGUCAAGUGCAAGUUCCAAACUGGGUCGAAAGCCUGUAUAUGUGGGCUCCCUGGACAGAAACAGCUUCUACAGGAAGACUGCUCCAAGCUCUUUGCGAAAUUCCCAGUUCGCCACCACCAGGAAACAAAAGAAAGAGAUGAAGCUUGUGUCGUCUCAGCCCAAACCCCUGGAGUCCGCCCCAGUCUCAGUGGACCCACCGCCACCUGCCGGCCCGGGCACCGAGGAUCCUGAGCUGAGGAUGCUGGAGAAGAGGUCAAAGGUCAUCGAGGAGCUGCUGCAGACUGAAGAUGACUUCAUCAGAGACCUGGAAAUGUGUGUCAGUGAGAUCAUCGUGCCUCUGCAGGAAAAACAGGUGGAUGUGGACUUUGAGGGACUGUUUGGAAACAUCAGCUCUGUGAUUGACUUGUCCCUGCGGUUGUAUAAUGACCUUCAGGAGACGGACUCUAUAGGACAAGUAUUUUUGAGCUACAAAGCUGAGCUGGAGGAGGUGUACAAACUUUACUGCCAAAACCACGACGAGUCCAACACCCUGCUGGAGAUGUACGAGAAAGACAAAAACAUUCAGCACCACAUUCAGGACUGUCUCGAGAGUCUAAGGGCCAUUUACCGCAAAUGGGGUAAAGCAAAUUACAUCAACCUCGGCUCCUUCCUGAUUAAGCCCGUGCAGCGGGUGAUGCGGUACCCGCUGCUGCUGACGGAGCUGCUGGGGGCCACACCGGAGAGCCACCAUGACCGGCCCCAGCUGACUCAGGCUGUGCAGGCCACCAAGGAGAUCAACACAAACAUCAACGAGCAUAAGCGCAGGAAGGAUCUUGUUGUAAAGUACAGGAAGGGGGACGAAGACUCGUUCAUUGACAAGAUCUCCAAGCUGAGCAUGCACUCCAUCAUCAAAAAAUCCAACCGAGUCAGCAGUCACAUCAAGCACCUGACAGGGAUUUCACUUCAGAUUAAAAGUGAGGAAUUUGAUGAUGCAGAGAAGAAGUUCAGGCUGCAGGAGAGACUCAUCAAGUCUUUUAUCAGAGACAUUUCCCUGUACCAGCAGCAUAUCAGGGAAUCGGCGUCUGUGAAUGUCUUGGCCGCCAUCAGUUUGAGUGAUAUCUAUACAGAACGUAGUGUUCUGGAUCCCGAGCGCUUCCAGAGAGCUCACCGCACCAUCAGCGACAAACACUUUACUCAGUUUAAGGAGCGCACAGAGGCGCUGGUCAUACAGCCGCUCUCCCAGCUCCUCAUCAUGUUCGCUGGGCCUCACAAGCUCAUCCAGAAACGCUUCGACAAGCUGCUGGACUACGACAACUGCAAGGAGCGCGCCGAUCGCCUGAAGGACCGCCGAGUCAAGGACGAGCUGCAGGUGACGCGCAACAACUACGAAGCGCUGAAUGCCCAGCUCCUGGACGAGCUGAAGAAGUUCAACAGCGUGGCAGAGGGGCUGUUCAAAGACUGCGUGAAGGCCUUCGCUCAGGUCCAGAAGGACUUCAUGAAGACGACGCUCGGAGAGCUCAAGCCUCUUCUGCAGUUCUCUAACAAAGUCUGCGCAGAAGGAAACCUGAUCACCCAGUUUCAGGAGGAGUACAGCCACGUUCUCCGACUUCUGCAGAGCUUCAGCUUCUGCCCAGAGAACCUGCCUCCAGCCACAACCACAAAAAAACAGUUUGAGAAGAGGACGCUCGAGAAACAGACCACCAAAAAGCAGCUGCAGGGACAUCCCAACGUUAGCGCGCAGACAGAUGAGCAUCGUGCUGAACUGCUGGUUCACUAUGGACCUGAGAAACUUUACCAGGCUGAGAGGAACUUUAAUGCUGCUCAGGAUGAGGAUGUCUCUAUCCAAGAGGGAGAUCUUGUCGGUGUGAUAAAGCAGCAGGAUCCAAUGGGGAGCCAAAACCGCUGGCUGGUUGAUAAUGGAGUUGCCAAGGGUUUUGUGUACAGCUCCUUCCUGAAACUGUACAACCCCCGCAGGAGCCACUCGGACGCCUCCAUUGAGAGCCAGUCAUCCAAUGAAUCUGGUUAUGGCGGCUCCUCGCCCGUUUUCUCCCGCCAGAACAGCAACAGCACCUUAACCUUCAACCAGGAGACGGCCACCGUCAACUUUUCUACAUCACAAACCCAAAGCCAGCCUUCGCCACACCCGUGGCUCGACUCCACCUCGUCUCACAGGAGUCACCACAGAGACACCCCUAACCCAGAGUCCACACAUCAGAGCAGAAACUCCUCGCCCCGUAAUCAGUCCACCCGCAGAGAAUAUUCUGACCCAACACACAGACAUGCCCCCGGUCACAGAGACUCGUACGAUUCCAGGGACGACAGCAGACUCAGAGAGACGUCAGACUUCUCAGAGACGGACUCGUCUCUGUCACAGAAAAACAGUCGCUCGAGAAAUAGACACGCAGAGAGAGGAUACGGUUCACCUCAGUGGAGGAACGGAGACGGGAGCAGCCAGAAGAAGUCUGCUUCCACCCGAGAGGAGCGCAGCGAGCCGGAACCAGAGAGCGAACUGAACUGCCAACAGAUUUAUUACGCUCUGUACUCUUUCGAGGCCCGAUGCGCCAACGAAAUGAGCAUCUCUGCCAACGAGCGUCUGCGGAUCCUGGAGUUCCAGGACAUGAACGGCAACAACGAGUGGUGGUUGGGAGAGGCCGACGGAGGCAGGCGGGGAUACGUGCCUUCCAACUACAUCCGCAAAUCUGAGUACACAUGAACGAGCGUCCCAUCGAGGACGACGCUUCAACUUGAACUCUGCGAGCACCACGAGAACAAAAACUAACACAGAUCUUGAUAUGCUGUAACUUAUUUAUAAACUGUUUUGAUAGUGACUGACCAGUGCUGCAGACUCUGCUCCUGCCUGUAUUUAUACACAUUUUUAUCUUUUUUUUUUUACUUGCCUUCCCGUUUCCAGUUGAAAACCUGUGAAUUGCCACAUUCUUUGAGGCUGGGGACAGUGAGUUGUACGUUGAAGCAAACAGUCGUACGGUUUGCCACAUUGGGAGAUUGCAAUAGAAAUGUGAAUGCCUAGAGUUCAGAUUGGUUCUGAACACUUUAAUAACCUUUGACACCACUUUUAUGGAGCAGGAGGGGAUUUUCUCUUUGAUGGUCCAUGUUUGAGGCGCUCGUUGUGGUAGCUGCAGGUUUGGGCCGUCUGUGGGGCCAUCGGUAACAGUUUGGAGUGUUGUGUGGAGAAAAAUAAACCGGAGCAUUAAAAUCAAAGACGGCAACAUGGAACAAGGUUUACAAGCACUCACUUUGGACUCUGCAGCCUGGUCACUUUUUGAGCAGGUUGUAAAAUAUCUUCCUGUAAGGAAAGGGGAACGGUGUGAGAAGCAUUUGGGCUCAUUAAAACAUUACUCCACAUGUUCCCCGUGUGUAUUUAGUACGAUGUAAUUCUGUAUAUUGAGAACAUGAUGAUGUGUCCG